AUGGCUUAUUUUGGAAAUAAUCAAUAGCGUGGUGAAUUAUAAGAGUUGUAUGCCGAUUUGAAUGACUUGAAUUUUGAGAAAAAGAAAGAAGUAUUACAUUAAUAAAAGUGCUUUUAAGGCUGUAAAGAAAGUUAUUGCAUACAUGACAGUUGGAAAAGACGUGUCCCAAUUAUUUUAAUCGGUAAUCAAGUGUCUUGAGUUUUAAGACAUAGAGAUGAAAAAGUUGGUAACAAUAUUGCCCAUUAAUUGUAGAUUUACUUGUAUAUUGUGAAUUACUCUCGUUAAAAACCAGAUGAUGCCAUAAUGGUGAUCUAAAAUUUUAGGAAAGAUGUUCGUAAAUCAGAAAAUCCAUUGGUGAGAGCUUUGGCAAUACGAACAUUCGGUUGUUUGAGAGUUCCCAAAUUGAAUGAAUAUUUGAUUGAGCCACUUAAGGAUUGUAUUUCAGAUGAUGAUCCUUAUGUACGCAAAACAGCUGUCUUAUGUGUUCCCAAAGUAAUUUCCAUUCAUUUUUAUUAGGUAUUUGAAGUAUCACCUGAAUUAUGUCCACCUGUACUGGACUAAUUGCAGAAACUAUUGGAAAAGGAAUCAAAUGCCUUGGUUUUGGCAAAUUUAAUUUAAUCCAUGAGAGAAAUUGAAGUAGUUAAUGGAAAACAAUUAAUUCUAAUGAAUCCAAAAAUUAUUCAAAAACUCUUAUUGGCUGUUGAUGAGUGUAUGGAAUGGGGAUAAAUCUUCAUUCUUGAUUAUUUGGCUACUUAUGAUCCUGCUGAUUCAAAAUAAGCUGAAAUUAUUAUUGAAAGAACAUUGCCAAGAUUGAGUCAUAUCAACCCCACUGUAACCUUUUGUGCAGUCAAACUCAUCCUUAAAUAUUUAGAUUAUCUUGACAAUGGAGAUCUAGUCAAGAAUCUUUGUAAAAAGAUCUCUCCUUCCCUUAUUUCAUUGCUUUCUUGGAAUCAAUCUGAAAUUUAGUAUACCAUUCUAAGAAAUAUAUCAUUGAUAUUGUAAAAAUUCCCCAUUCUAUUUGAAAACGAAGUCAAAGUCUUUUUCUGUUCAUUCAAUGAACCAUAUUACAUUAAAUAUGAAAAGUUAGACAUUAUGGUUAGAAUUUGUGAUUCUAAAAAUUUUACUUAAGUUCUGAAUGAAUUAAUGAUUUACAUCAAUGAAGCAGAUCCUCACUUUGUCAGAAAAACCAUUAAAUCAAUUGGUAAAAUUGGCAUGAUGUAUGAUAAAGCACUUAAUGAGUAAUAAUUACCUAAUAACUUAGAGCUGUUUCAAUCUUAGUAGAAUUUGCAAAAAAUGUCUAAUAGGCUACUGAGCCUGUUCAAGAACUAUUCAUUCAAAUGCAGAUUCUCUACAGAAAAAAUCGAAAUCUGUAUAAGACUAAUGAUAGUCUUAAAAUACUAUUUAACAUCCUUGAAUACGCAAAUGAAGCAGAAGCGAAAGUAAAUUUAUUUCUCAUCCUAACUUCUAGAGUGCAUGUGCUUGGAUUGUUGGAGAGUUUGCAGAAUUCAUUCCAAAAUCUGUUGAAAAGAUGAAAGAAUACAUUGAUAAUUUCUUAAUUGAAGAUCGGUUGGUUUAGCUAUAACUGUUGACAUCAGGCGUUAAACUCUAUAUUAAAUAUCCAUCAUUAUGUUCAGCACUGAUUUAAUAACUUAUCAAUUCUGCUAAGGAUUCUUUCAAUCCUGAUGUCAGAGAUAGAACAUAUAUUUAUUGGAGACUUUUGUCUACUGAUCCUGAAGUAGUCAAGAAUUUAGUUUGCUCUGCCCCUAUUGGUUCUUCUCAAUUUUAAAAGGAUGUACGUUUAUGGGAGACGAAGGAUUUAAUUAUUGCCUUAGAAAAUAUGGGAAGUAUUAGUAAUCUAUUUCACAAAUUGCCAAAUUAACUAUACAAAAAUAUCAAAGUUAGAAAUAAGUAAAAUAUAUAUCUAAUUUAAGUCAUCAACAAGAAGCAAAAAUAUAUAAGGCUGAUGAAAAAUAGGAAGCACCAUAAAAAGACCAAGAAAUUAAAAAAAACGAUUAAAAUCAAUAAUAGCCAUAAUAAUAACAAUAGCAAUAAUAAUAAUAAUAACAAUAACAAAAAUAAGAUUUUGAUCUAUUAAAUUUUGAUGAACCUGUUUCGAAUAAUAACAAUAAUACAAACAAUAAAAUGGAUGUGUAUGAUUUAAUUUGA